AUGACAGGAGAAGAGUUGGUACAUUCCGUGAGUAAACGGCGAACAAAGCCUGAGAACUCUAGGAAGUCAUCAGACAAGGAACGUAAACAAACACAGAGGACUCUCACGGGUCAAAGUCAGAACACGCCCAAACCAGAGUGUCAAUAUUGUGGUUUGACACAUGAACGAGGUGCAAACAAGUGUCCUGCAUACGGCAAAGAAUGCACGAAUUGCCACAAGAGGAAUCAUUUUGCUCAGAAGUGCAGAUCAAAGCGACAGAGAGACACACGACAGCGAGUACAUGUAGCUACCAACAGAGAUGAAAGCGAAGAUGAUGAAUGCCUGACUCUUACGCUGACUCCGCCUCAACAGGAUGUUCAGGUGAUGCAAUGCAGAGACAACUAUGGGUGGAAUUAUCAGCGCCAGGUCUAUGCCAACAUGCACAUCAAUGGAAAAGGUGUCAAAUUCCAGCUUGACACGGGCGCCACGUGCAACGUGCUUAAAAGGAAUGAGGUUCCCAGAGAGACCAAGAUUAUGCCCACAGCACAGAUGAUAACUUUGUAUGAUGGAAGCAGAGUUAAACCAUAUGGCAAAUGCAAAGUGAACGUGACAAAUCCUAGAAUAGAGAAAACGUAUGAUGUGGAAUUUGUUGUGAUACAAGAUGCGCAAAAUUCAAUUUUGGGCUCAGCUACUGUGCAGCAGAUGGGUUUGUUAACUGCUCACCAUGAGAUGAUUCAGAAGAUAGCCACUGACGAAGAGGUUAAGCCGAGGAGUAAAGAGCACACACACCCAAUGCUGCAGAAGUACCAUACAGUAUUUGAGAAGGCAGUUGGUCUUCUAGGAAAUGAUCUACAUCUAGAUGUAGACCGAUCAAGGAAACCAGUCCAGAUGCCAGUGAGGCGCAUCCCAGUUGCUAUUAAAGGAAAGUUGAAAGCAGAACUUGAUCGUCUUGAGAAACUUGGUGUACUUGGAAGAAUUGAUGAGCCUACAGAAUGGGUAUCGAGUUUAGUGAUUGUCAAGAAACCCAGCGGCAGUUUGCGAUUAUGUUUGGAUCCAAAGCCAUUAAAUGCAGUUUUGAAAAGAAGCCAUUAUCAAAUCCCAACGUUGGAAGAUUUAUUACCACAAUUGGUUAAUGCGAAAGUCUUCAGCGUUGCAGAUGCCAGGAAUGGGUACUGGCAUGUUCCUCUUGAUAGAGAGUCGCAGAAACUCACCACGUUCGGUACACCUUUUGGGAGAUACUGUUGGCGAAGAAUGCCCUUUGAUAUCUCAGUUGCACCAGAAAUAUUUCAACAACGGUUACAAGAGGCCAUUGAAAGUCUAGAUGGAGUGUUUGCAAUUACAGACGACAUACUCAUUGCAGGCAAUGGCAUUACCUAUGCAGAAGCAGUUAAGGAUCACGACAGGAAACUUGAGAUGUUUUUGAAACAAUAUCAGUAG